UGCAGCAGCAGUGGCAGUACUACAGUACAACAGUAGCUCGGUGUCUCGCAGUGCAGAGGACGACUCAGAGGAUUUUUUAGGGGACACUAGAAAAACACAAACAGAGGCUGUUCUGGGCUGGAGGAUAAUCAAAGACAGUCGGAGCCGGCUUGCUGCUGGGUCAACAUAUAUGCCUUUCUCACACGUUGUGUAUAACAAGCUGACUGGACCCAGUUCCGUGUUGCAAAGAUGGGAGAGCAGAGAUCAGUCCAGCCCCUCCUGCUCUUGCUGCCCCUCCUGCUGCUCCUCGCCAGGCUGUCACAGUUGUGGGCCUUCCCCUUCAGCUCAUCUCUGGAUUUGGAUGUCACUCCCCGGACAACUGUCUUCUCAAAAGGUCUGCUGGGCUCCGCUCGCUUCACUGGCUUUUCCCAGAACUACAGCACCUUCCUGCUGGAGGAACACGCUGGGCUGCUGUACGUAGGAGGCAGAGGAGCGCUGUACGCGCUCAACACCUCCAACAUCACUACACCUACAAACCUCACUAUUAAUUGGGACGCUUCGCCUGAACAGAAGAAGCAGUGUCUGAACAAAGGCAGAGACAAUCAGACAGAGUGUUACAACCACAUUCGCUUUCUGCAGCGAUACAAUGAGACUCACCUGUACGCGUGUGGAACAAACGCCUUCAGACCGCUCUGUGCUUACAUCGACGCAGAGCGCUUCAACUUCUCCUCCGGCUUUGAAGAGGGCAGAGACAGGUGUCCCUAUGACCCGGCAAAGGGAUUCACAGGCCUCCUUGUGGACGGCGAGAUGUUCACGGCCUCUCAGUAUGAGUUCCGCAGCUCUCCAGAUGUGCGCAGAAACUCCCCGUUCCCCUCUCUCCGGACAGAAGAGGCCCCAACUCGGUGGCUUCUGGAGGCAGAUUUUGUGGGCUCUGUGCUGCUGAAGGAGAGCAUCAACAGCUCUAUCGGGGACGAUGACAAGAUUUACUUCUUCUUCACGGAGAGAAGCCAGGAGCAGAUUGCCUACCCGAGCCAGACAAAAGUGUCCAGGGUUGCCCGAGUCUGCAAGAAUGACUGGGGGGGACAGAGGACUCUGCAGAGGAAGUGGACCUCCUUUCUUAAGGCGAGGAUGGUGUGUUCAGUUCCAGAGUAUGAGCUGCACCUCAACGUCCUGCGCAGUGUGUUUGUGCUGCAGGGUCGAGAUGCUCAGAGCAGCAUCUUCUAUGGCAUCUUUGGCCUAGAAUGGAAGAAUAUCAAAGCUUCUGCAGUGUGCCAAUACGCCUUUUCAGAGGUACAGAAGGUUUUUGAUGGGCCGUACUUCGAGGUGCAGGACUCAAAGUGGAGGGAGUACACAGGGAAGGUACCAGAGCCAAGACCUGGAUCUUGUAUAACAGAUCUACACAGGUCCCAGGGCAUCAACUCAUCUCGAGACCUGCCGGACAUUGUCCUCACUUUCGCCAGAAGGCAUCCACUGAUGGCCAGCCAGGUGCACCCAAUAGGGGUGCGCCCUCUCUUGUUCAAGCGGAGUGUAAACUAUGUCAAGAUUGCCGUGCACAGGGAGCCAGCACUGGAUGGAAACAUUUAUACAGUCCUGUUUUUGGGAACUGAUGAUGGCUGGUUGCACAGAGCUGUUGAAAUCAAUGGAGAAAUGCACAUCAUAGAGGAGUUGCAGUUGUUUGAGAAACCGCAGCCCAUAGAGAGCAUGGUCAUAUCCUCAGCUUUGCGGAGCAUCUAUUUUGGCUCCCACUCUGGAGUUAUGCAGGUACCGAUGUCAGCCUGUGGGAGAUACACUUCCUGUUAUGACUGCGUGUUCGCCAGAGACCCGUUCUGCGGCUGGGACGGGACGGUGUGUGUAGAAAUAUCCUCACGUGCACAGAGGUCAAACAUAACCCAGGAUGUACAGCGAGGGACCAGAGGCUGCAAAGAGAAUUCAGGAAAUGUGGUCCAUCGGAGGCGUUCGGUGAUGACGGGUGACGACGUCCUGCUACAGUGUGAAUUGCGCUCCAACCUGGCAACUCCACGCUGGACUCUAAAUGGCAGAGAACUCCAGGGAUAUGACCUGAAUUCUGGCUACCGCAUUGGUACAGAUGGCCUCCUCAUAAUCGGAGCACGCACCCAGCAGAGCGGGUCCUACCGCUGCUUUGCUGUUGAGAACUCGGUCUCCGUCCUUGUUUAUCUUUACACAGUCAGGGUGCACUCAGACCCCUACUUCCCAAUGGAGCCCACAGCCACGACUAAUCCUACUACAGUUACCAGCCCCACUGUUUUCUCCACCAGCAGCCCCACUGAGCAGCCUCUGCCCUCUCCUCCUGCCCCACUGCCCCCAGGACCGGAGUACCAGGCCUACAGACACAUGGAGGCUGUGUACAUCUCUCUGGUGGCAGUUCUUGGAGGACUUUGCUUGGUGUUGACUGUGGUACUGCUCUAUGUGAGCUUCUGCACCAGACGGGCCUCCAGGGCCCGAAAGUUCUCUCAUCAAGGGCUGCAUGUCCUGGGUUCCUCUGACAGAAAACGGAGCUCCCACCUUGAGCUUAAAACCAUCUCCAGCCACUGCAAUGGCCGCCAAGAUCGCCGCUCCAUCUCAUUUACAACCUUCGGGGAUAGCUUUCUCCAAAUAGUUCCAGGCGAGAUGUCUCCAACAAAAACUCCUCCCCCGGCCCCUCCUCUUCCAAUGCCACCACCACUUCCCAACAUGGACUAUGCUAACGGGCUGUCGGCCACGCUGCCCAGCGUUCUGAGGAAGAUGAACGGGAACAGCUACGUGCUGCUGGGGCAGGGCGACGAGGGCAUGUCGCCACUCUACCACUCUUUCACAGAGGAGCUCAACAGGAUCCUGGAGAAGAGGAAACACACGCAGCUGGACCUGCAGCCUGAUGAGAGCUCUAUCUAGGACACCUUCUCUCACUUUUUGUCCCACAGUUAUUUAUUCUUCACCCACGCUGUGACCCGGAGUUGUGGGGUGAAAUUGACUGUAUCAAAUGCUGCUGUUACUAACCCAGUGUCUGAAUACCUGCGGGUGAUGUCCUAACCUGAUCUGACGUGUUCAACCUCCUGUGUCUCCCGUGAUAAAUGGCCCAUGAUUUGACUCAAACAACGGUUGUCACUAACCAGAGACUGGCAUUUUGAAGAGUGAAGCUGUGACAAAUCUGGCCAAAGACUGCACUACUGUAUAAGAGGUAACCAUCAGGAGGAAUCCUCAUGCUGCUCGGUGUCAUCUCUCACUCUGGGGGCCUGUGAAGGAUGGCUGUCAAAUGACACAAAAAGGCAAAGACACAAAAUGGGUUGAAAUAAAUAAAUAAAAUAAAAAAAGGACAAGAAGUGGUCAUGCAUUCAGGAGCGUUCAGGACAUUUUUAGUGCCAUGUAAUGUUUUCCCUCUGUGGAAAGCAAUACUGUGAAUUUGAAGUGAUACCUCCAUCAUGAGAUCAUCAUGGUUCCCUGUUUGGAGGGUGAGGAAGUUUUGACUCAGCCUUAGUCACAGAACUGGAGUCUGUAUCAUCAAGUCCUUCUAGUCUGGUGGUCAUAAUAACUUGAUUUUCUCCUAAUUUAGGCAGUUUGGGUGGAUUUAUGGGCAAAACAAUAGCAAAAAGAAACAACAACACUAAACCUAAACAAUGACAAAUAUCUUAUUAUUAACCAAGUUUUACAUUUUACAUUUUACAGCUGUGGUGGCAGAUUUCCCAUGUGAAGUACCACUUUCAGAGGACACUUCUGUUCCAGUGCAAGAGUUGGUUUGAACCACCCUUUCCCUAAUUUCUGUGUUGUCAUGUAAAUAGCAAUAACUGCAUCACCGUUGCAGCUGUUAGUAGCAGUGUGUUGUGCCAAGUCUCAAGAAAACAUCUGUAGCAAACACUGAAACUGUGUGUACAGCAGCUUGAGUAGUUUACUGAAGGGACGCUCAGUUUAAGAUCAGAGCUCACCAGAGAAACACACAUACUUGGAUGAGCUACUGUUAAGAAUAUGCUUAGCUACAGAUUUGUUUUUUUGUUUGUUUUUUUAACUAUAUUUGACUCUUUUAUUCUUAAACACCUGCACAUAUUUUGUCAUCAAGAAGAUACUUUCAUGCCAUCUACGUCAAAAGGCACUGGAUUCUUUCAAAAGUGACGUUGCUAAGAGAGAAAAAUGGUUUUCACCUUGUCCUUAAAACUACAUUAAAUGACAGGCACAGAUUUGUGCUUGUCCUCAGCCAUGAAUAAGCUGCCAGUGGCAGGUUUCCAAAUCAGAGUAGAGAGGACCUUCACUAAAGCAUACUCAGUUAUUUACUUGACCUUAGAGCAAUGGCAAAACAACACAAUCUGCAGAUCUUUCAGUAUUUUCUUUGGCAAGACGAACAGCACCCUGAUUAAUCUGUACAGGUAGAAGUGGCUGAAAUGAGUAAUUUGUACCACCUGUCAGUGGUAAAUAAAGAUCUGUCUCUCCAGCAGCAUCAUCAAUCAGCUCUCGUCACUGCAGCUCAGCAGCAGCUCUCGCUGGUGACUCGCUGUGCGCAUCUGUCAGCAUCACUGACAGUAACAGCAGCUUUUGGCUCACUUCCACGAGGAGAGGACAGGAGCUCACUGUCUGUUUGCAGAGAGCAUUGUCGUCUUUGCCGGUACAGGCUGACAGAAAACAUUUGACCUUCAAGUCCCGGUUAGUCAUUCAGGAAACAGGUGAUGAAUAAACGGCAGCAACUUGGAGGUUUUUGUCAUCUUCUUCUUGUCAAAACUUCAUUGAUGGAGAAUAUGAUGCCGUCUGGAUAAUUAAAGGAGCCUAUAGAGUCUCGAGCAUUAAGUGACUGUAAGUGAGUUUCUCCUUAUAACUGAAGUGGCAUCACAGUCUGUUUUUUGAUACAUGCUCAAUAAUAGGUUUGAUGUGAAUCACCGGAAGUAUGAUUGCAAUUUCUACCAUAGAACAUAUAUUCAAUUUGGACAAAGUCUUCCUGUUUCGCUGGAUGAGGCCAAAUCAGCAGAAACAAGAUAUUUUUAAUAGCCACCAGGAGGGAAAUUCCGCUGGUUACAAAAAGAACUCUGUUGGAAUGGAAGUCUAGUAAAAAGAAAAGAGCCUCAGAAAACAUUCUCCUGAGGAGUUAACGAUCUCAAAUCACCAGUUUCAGGUCUUCUUCGAUAGAACAUGACGUCGAUUUUGAAAAUGAUGUUCCCAUUUAGAGGGGAAAUGGCACAUAUAAGUGGACACCAAUGCGAUUGACAGCUGGCGUCAUUCAAUUGGUGCCUGGUAGGAGGUGAUGUGAAUUUCCAGGUGCAAAAACUUUUAAUAGCACCAGUAAAAUCAAGACUUUCAAGGCUUCACAACAGGGGUUUGUUAUGAAAGCGGGAGACUGAGUCAAUCUUUAAUUACAGUCUAUGGGCCCUACUGAGUUUUUCUUCUUGCUGUACUGUGCAUUUAAUAAAGCUCCCCUGAUUUUCCUCCUCCCCAAGUGUUGAACAAUGGACGCUUCAUCUGUAUCUGCAACCAUUGUUGCUGCUGCUGCUUCAUUAUCACUCAAGGGACAAUCUGUUUACAAUAAGCAAUGGCUCUCAAAUGUGUUGUGUAGUAUAGUCCAUGGGGUAAAAUCAAUAACGCGUUGGCUGCCAGUCUCACGUUCAUGUUUCUGUACACAACCCCACAACGAAGCACUUGUUUUUAGCAGAUUCUGUAACAGUAUUUGCAUUCCUGCUGAUUUAAUAUGCAAGCUACAAAUAGUAGAGUAGAUGUAGAUUAUUUCUUUAAGUGUUGGCCAAAGGAAUUGGUGUAGUUUUGCAAUUUGCACUGUUCUUACAUGAAAACUUUGUAGUACACCCCCUGUGAACUGUGACACUUUCCAUCUAGUUGGUUCUGUACAGCUUUCUGAUGUAGAUAAUGAACUUAACCUAUGAGGUCUUGGUGGAAAUGACACUGUUGCUUUUUUUGUCAAAUAGUUAAACCACCCUAAGAUAAAGACAGAGCUUUUAUGUUGAAUCCCAUGUCUUUAUUUAUUUGCAUUCAUUAAAUGAUUAUUUGCAUUUGUGUAAAUGUUUUUUUUUUUAAUAAUCACUUUCGGCUCGGGGACAAUUUUAAUUGUCAAUAGGGGAGGUCAGGAAAUUAGUUAUGUGAAACAUGUUCACACUGGAUCCUAUUCUCAAGAGACCAGCUGUUUAUAGCUUGUGCAACACCUCUGUCGUCCAGUGGGAGUACGGCUCACAUGACCACACGGUCGCUUACAUGCACAACCGCAGAGGUAAACCAUAAGCUCCUUCAUUUGAAGUAAGAAAAAUGUUUUUAGGACCCUGUUCAGGGCUUGUAACUUGGCAACAGCAUCUUU